AAAAGCCCCAGAUCUGUGGGGAGAAGAAGGUUCCUUAUUCCAUGAGCCCGCGGAGGCUCUUUGCACAUGCUCAGGAGCACUCUCGUUCUUAUACCACUACGGGCUGCAUAUGAAAUCCGAUUCACCAUGGAUGAGGAGAAGGAUGGAAGCAUGGAAGAAGAGAAGCGUGGUAUCCCAGCACGGCUUAAAGGUGGGAGUGAGAAGCUGCAAGCAGACAGGCCAUUGGGGAAGGAUGAUGGCAUAAUCUGGGGAUCCUCAGGGAUGCAGAGGAAGAAGCUAAAGAUGAGACCAAAGGAGAUGGAAAGGGCACAGGACAUUAAGCUUCUAAAAACUUCCCCAAAGAAUCAGAAAUUGCUUGCCAUGUCAGGCAAAGUAGAGAAGGGAGCAACAAAAGGAAAUGAGGAGCAAGCUUCUUCAUCCUUCCAGGAUGGGUUGUCAGUGGUGGAAGAUGGCAAGGAAGAGGAGCUGGUCAUUAGAAGAGUGAAGAAGGAAGAAGAGGAGGAAAGGGCCCUGGAAUAUAAGGUGGAGGUACAGAGGAUUUCUGAAGAUGAGGAACCAUCACAUCUGCUUUACCUUGAUUCUCCAAUCCUGCAGAACUCAUCACCUAAGGAAGAAAUUAAGGUAGAAUCAGAAGAGCAGAAGGCUCAGGAAUUUGAAGUACAAAAAGUCACCAUCCCACUAGAUGGGACUUUGUCCCCCUCCUCUUCCUCUUCUCAUCCCAACACCUGCGGUGUGUGUGGCAAGAGUUUCAGCCGCCGAUCCAAUCUGGCCAAGCACCAGAUCAUCCACACGGGUGAGAAGCCCUACCGCUGCAAUGACUGUGGACGCAGCUUCAACCAGAGCUCUGCUCUCACCAAGCACCAGAGGACACACACUGGAGAACGCCCGUAUGUCUGUGGAGACUGUGGCAAGGCCUUCACGGCCAGCUCGAACCUCCUCCAGCACCGGCGUUUCCACACAGGAGAGCGGCCUUAUCGCUGCGAGCUGUGUGGCAAGGCUUUCUCUCAGAGCUCCAACUACAAUCUGCACCGCCGCGGCCACACGGGCGUCACGCCGUACCAGUGCAGCGUGUGUGGCAAACGCUUCACGGGGAGCUCCUGCCUUACUCGCCACCAGAGGACCCAUACCGGGGAGAAGCCAUACCAGUGCCAAGAAUGCGGCAAGCGCUUCUCCGGGAGCUCCACCUUGGCCAAUCACCGCCGCACCCACACCGGUGAAAAACCGUACGGCUGUGCUGAGUGUGGCAAGAGGUUCACCCACCACUCCAACCUGGUAGACCACUGGCGGGUACACACGGGAGAGAAACCGUAUGUGUGCACUGAAUGUGGGAAGAGCUUUCGGCUUAGUUCCCACAUCAUUCGCCACCGUCGCACUCAUGCCAAUGCCCGCGGCACCAAUCUCAGCCAUGACAUUCUCCACACCAUCAAUGCCAUUUGUGACGAGGCCAACGUCAGAGCUUACCACCUCGGCCUUGGUUGUGCCAGUGAUGGUGGGGCUGACAUUAGCAACCCUCAUGGGACCAAUCAUGAGGCCCGGUGUGCUGAUUCUGGUGUUUCCAAUGGGAACGAUGAUACUGAUGAGGAGGAGGGAGACCGGCUUCUUAUCUGCAGCCAGUGUGGUAAAGGUUUCCGCUUGGAGUCUAGCCCUCAAGAGCGGAACCAAGAAGACUCAACACUAGGGGAUGGCCCCUAUAGCUGUACUGAGUGUGGUAACAGCUGUUGGACAAUGCUGUCUGGCUUCAGGUUGCGUCCGGCAGAGGAACCGUAUUGGCUCUUUCCGUUUAUGGAACAUGAGAGUCCGUAUCCUGAGCUUUGCUUCUUUGUUCUCCUCGUCCCAGUUCUGCAUUGCCUGAUGGAGGGUCAACAUGUAAUGGCUCAAGUCCAUAUCCAGACCCCAAUAUCCUCAUCCUCGUCGUCUUCCUCAGUGGCUGGGGAAGAAUCCAGGAAGCUGCAGAAUCCAGUACGAGCUGCGGCCCGAGAAAGAAUGGCGGGAGGCCGUCUGCUGGACAGUCAUAGCUUGGAUGGGAUAAGCCAGGUUUACGGGACAUCCAAGGCUCAGGAAGGAAGGAGGGCUACAAUCUCAAGCGCCUUGGAGUUGGAAGGGACCGUGAGCCAUGAUGGGGAUUUGACGCACUUUGUGGCCAACAACCUGCAGAUCAAGAUCAAGAUGAGCUCCCGGGGCAGUCUGGAUAACACUGAGCCCACCACCUCCUCAUCGGUGUCAUCACAAUUGUCUAUUAGAGGGAAAAUUGCAGAUAUACCAUCCAUAGACCCCCAGGUAGUUCAAGACCUGGAAAGGCUCACUAGAGACGUGGCGCAAAAAGUGGACCAGAUGCUGAGAGUCUUGAACAGUGCCAUCCAGAACAUGACAGCUCUCAGCGUGGGAUACAUCCAGACUUACCGAGAUGCAGUGGACAGUUUGGGUGAAUCAGUGGACAUGAGCAUCAAAGGGAUGUACACUCUGAUGGCAAGAUGUGAGGAGCUGGACCGCUCCAUGCAGCCUGUUCACACCCUUGCUAAACAGAUCCGGGAGAUUAAGAGGACACUGGAGAUCUUUGAGGCACUUUGCAACUGCCGUUGGUAUCGAGGGGCUGCUGCUGAUGCGCACAUCAUCCUCAUCGAGUACGGGCCUCCAUACAACACGAGAACACCAGGAGCGCUCUACAGUAACCGGGAGAAGAUUCGGCGGCCGGCCUGUUCCCUUCACGUGACAAACCUAAACCAUGACGACUCGACCACCUUUUUCGUGACACUAGAUAAACCUGGAUCAGUGGAAACAGGGAGCGUGAACCUUGAACUCGUAGGAUUAUCGGGCCGUGGCGGCUGGAGUGGUGGCCUCUCCAACGGCGUCAUUGCUGGCAUCACCGUCGCUUGCCUGCUGGUCCUCCUUGCCUUUGGGGCCUCGGUCCUCAGCUCUUGCUUCCUUCUGAGUGAAGCCGGCGAUAAAGUCAUUACGGUCGUCGCUGAUCCUGAAACGCCCAAAGAAGGAGAGAACGUCACCCUAAUUCCCCAAGGGGGCAUGCAGGACUAUAUAGUCUGCCGUUGGUAUCGAGACCGCCCUUCUGAUCUAAACGUAAUCCUUGUUGACUACGGAGCUCUAGGGAGAAGACCGGGACCUUUAUUCACUAAUCGGGAGAGCGCUCUGCUCCCACUCUGUUCCCUUCACAUGACGAACUUAACAACAAAUGACUCGGCAACUUACACCAUCAGACUGGAAAAAGCCCAGGGAUUGGACACAGGGAGCGUGGUCAUUGAGGUCAUGGGAGAACCCCCAGCCCGUGGCGUCGAGAGUGGUGGCCUCUCCAAGGGUGCAACUGCGGGCAUCGUCGUAGGUUGCUUGGUGGGCGUCAUGGUCAUUGCGGACUCCGUCCUCAGCUCUUGCUUCCUUCUGAGUCAAGCCGCCAGGAAAUUCCUUACGGUUGUCUCUGAUCCUGAAACAACCAUAGAAGGGGGGAACGUCACCUUAAUUCCCCAAGGAGGCAUGGACAACUCUCUAACCUGCCGUUGGACCACUGGGAUGGCACUGCCCUUUGGGAGCCAAUCCUCAAACACUGCUGAGGUCACGGGGAUCCCCAACUCUAGGAAAGCCCCCUAUACGUCCACGAGAAGGGGCUUGAUGAUGAAGGGACCUUCCUGUUGCAAGCGGAUCUCUGGAGUUAGACACCUAGCAGCAUCCCCAUGCCCACUCUUUAAUGAAAACAAAGCCAAGAGGGAACACACCAGGCAGACACCAACAAAAAUACAAGGACUCCUUAGUACUAACGCUGCUGUUACUUCCCGUAUGGAAAGUGCAGAAGAAAUUUAUGUUCUGGAUCUCCAGGACUCCAGUGAGGAAGAAACACAAAGAGAGGGCAUUGAGAUGAUAAAUGAAGAUAAGGAAGAAGGAACAGAACUACAGAGGAUACAUAAAGAAAGCAAGGACAUUUAUAGAAGGGCAGAAGAGCAGCAUGAAGUUUCUCCAUCCAAGGAAGUCACAGUAGAAGGCUGUCUUAUAGAAAUCCCUCAACAUGAGUCAAGUAAUGGUGAACCUGUAAUUUCUGUGGAGUCUAUAGAUAAUUUUUCUGAUAAUGACAAAGUGCCCAAAGCCACAAUCUGCUCUGACUGUGGAAAAAGUUUUAGUAAUAGCUCUCACUUAGUCCGGCACCGUCGUGUCCAUACAGGGGAGAAACCAUAUAGGUGCCCCCACUGUGACAAAAGCUAUCGCCAGGACUCUCAUCUCGUUCAACACAUGCGCUCCCACACAGGCGAGAAGCCAUACCGCUGUACACAAUGUGGCAAGGGCUUCUCCCAAAGUUCCAAUCUCAUCAUCCACCAGCGGACACACACAGGGGAGCGCCCCUUCACCUGUCCGGAGUGCGGCCGGAGCUUCAGCCAUAGCUCUGAUCUUAUUCAACACAAACGGAUCCACACAGGGGAGAAGCCCUAUGUCUGCUCCAUCUGUGGAAAAUGCUUUUCACAAAGCUCCAAGGUCACCCAGCACAAGCGCUUUCACUCUGGAGAACGACCAUUUUCCUGUGGGGAAUGCACCAAGACGUUCCGUCUCCGUGCUGACCUGGUCCGCCACCUCCGUGCCCACACUGGUGAGCGACCUUUUGGCUGCCCAGAGUGCGGGAAGCACUUCGCCGAGAGCUCCCAUCUUAUCCGGCACCAGAGGAUCCAUAUGAGUGAGCGGCCUUUUCGCUGUCCAGACUGUGGGAAAGGGUUCAAUCAGAGCUCCAAUCUCCAGCAGCACCAGCGGGUACACCGAGGACAAAAACCCUUCAAGUGUGAUGAGUGUGGGAAAGGUUUCGGUGUAAGCUCAGCACUCCUGCAGCACCAACGCACACACACUGGUGAACGGCCCUACUGCUGCAGCCAGUGUGGGAAGAGCUUCAGUGUCAGUUCUACCUAUCAUAUACACCAGCGUAUCCAUGCUGGCCAAAAGCCCUACUCGUGUGCUGACUGUGGGAAAGGGUUUGUACGCAGCUCGGCUCUCCUUCAGCACCAAGCCACUCACACUGGUGAAAAGCCCUUCCGAUGCCCCUACUGUGGCAGGGGCUUUGGACAGAAGUCAGCGCUGUCUCAGCAUCGGCGAGCCCAUGUGAGAAGAGGAGAGACAGUGACUUUGGUGGAGGAUUGGGAUGGUGCUGGCAUGGAGGGUAUUGGGGACCAAGGACUAGAAGGAGGGGUAGACGGCAUGUGGCAAGGCAAUGGAAUUGGAAUUAUGGGGCAGGAGUGGCCUGGUGAUGGGAAUGAGCGCAUGCAACAGGAAUGGGAAGAUGAUGGGGAUGAGACUAUGAGAACAGAGUGGCCAGAAGAUGUCGAUGAGAGUGAGGAGCAGCAAUUGCAAGAAGAUGGCAGAGAGGACACAAAGCAGGAAUGGAAGGAAGGUGCGGAUAGAACUGUGAGGACACAGUGGCAGGAGGAGGAGGAUGAAGAUGAGGGAGUGGAGCAGUGUUCCCAGGAUGACUGUAUAGAAAACAUGAGACUGGAGUGUCAGGAUGACGACGACAAUGAUGAUAAUGAAAGGGUGGAGGUGGGUUUACAAGGCGAGGUUGUUGAGAAUGUGAGGCUUGAGUGUCACGAUGACAAUGAAAGUGCAGAGGAAGAUUUGGAGGACGUUGGUGAUCCAAAAAUGAGGGGAAAGUAUCCAGAAGAAAGUGUGGAGCAAGACUGGCAGGAUGGUAAAGAGCAGAGCUUACGAAAGGAGUGGGGGAACAUUGCUGAGAAAAAUGCAAGGCAAAAAGCAACAAGAGUGGAACUGGAAUGGCAGGACAGUGAAGAUCAUAGUGACAGACAAAGUUGGCUGGGAGAUGAGGAAGAGAGCUUGGAAGCUGAAGGGGAAAAGAGUGGGCGACAGUCUUGCCAUGAUGAUGAGGGGCCUGUGGAAUUAAACUGA